GCUGCAUGCGCGCGUUGUUUUCUUUUGUACCGCCGGCAAUUUUGGUUUUGUUAGUCAUCAGCCUAGCUGACUGAAAAAUAUGGAGCACACACGAGAAAUAAUCACACUACAGUUCGGCACCUAUGCCAAUUAUGUGGGCGCACAUUUCUGGAAUCAACAGGAGGCGAACUUUGUGUACGAUCGCGAUGACAAUGACAGUCAAGUGGCUGAGGAGGAGCUGCCGCACAAUGAUGUGUUGUACCGUGAGGGACGCAACGAAUACAAUCAAACGACAUACACGCCCAGGCUGCUCACAGUUGAUGUGGGCGGCACUCUGGGCCAUCUGCCGAUGGUGGGUGAACUUUAUGGCAACUACUUGCCGCUGUUGCACGAACAGACAACCGACGAUGUGCUGCAACGCACCAAGGAAAGCGCUGAGCAGAGUAAACUGAAUACAGAUGGGGAGCUGGAUGUGUUGCAGCAACCCACAGCUGCCAUUUCCGAGUAUCAACAGGAUUUACUCAAGAAUCAAGUCAAUUUGGUGGACAAAGAUUACAAAUUGGCCGAGAGUUGCAACAGCUGGGCCGACUAUUUGUAUGCACGCUAUCAUCCGCGCAGCUUCAACGUGCUGCCCGGUUUGAUGCGUCAAGCAGAUGUCCAAGCUCUGGGCACACAUGCAGCGGGCGUUGAGCUGUGGCAGUCGGUUGACUUUAAUGAGGAAUUUUGCGAUCGUAUUCGUUUGUAUGCAGAGGAAUGUGAUGGCUUGCAGGGCUUCCAGCUGUUGUUUGACAUCGAUGAUGGCUUCAGUGGCAUGGCCAGCAAGUGUCUGGAACAUUUGAAUGAUGAAUACAGUCGCACAAAUUUGGCAUUGCCUUUACACUAUCCACGCAACGUUGGCUAUGCACAAGCGGAUCCACGGACCGCACACAACAUUCGUGUAGUGAAUAGCGUGCUCAGUUAUGGACAUCUCAGUGAUCAGGCGAGCAUGUUUACUCCGCUCUCCACACUCUCAACGAUUUGGCGCAACACUACGCUGCAAUCACGACACCUGCCCGGUCUGAAGUGGCAAGUGGAUAAUCUGUAUCAGAGCUCAGCGGUGCUCGCUGCGUUCGUGGACACGGCGACACUUGGCUAUCGAUUGCGUCAAACGCCUGAAACGUUGUCGCGUUUCUGUCAGCGCAUUUGUCCGGCGGGACGCACAAUGACAGCGGCUGCAAUGUCGCUGCCACUGGGCAUGCAACACGAGCAACAGGAUCUCAUUGAUUACUUGGAUGCGAAUGCCAAUGGCGAACUGUUGUCACAACUCUCGCCUGGCUGUGAGCCGGGCUCGUCGCAUCUGCUGCAAAUGAUUGUCGCACGUGGCAUUCCCUUGACACGCCUCAAACGUCCCGUUGCGGAGGCGGGUGAACAGCUGCGCAUGGCUGCGUAUCGUUGUGACAGCGUAUCGCAAAUGCUGCAGCUCUACUAUCAGUGUGUCUAUCACGGCAGCUUGUCGCAUGCCACGGCCACAACGUUACCGCUGAAGACACAGCUGCCGUUCCCCUAUGAAAUCUUCGAUGCGAACAUUUCAAGCAACGGAUUUCGUUUAUUGGGUGAACGUGAGUCGGGCACGCGUGUCACGAGUGCGCCGGCAUUGGCUGCGCUGCAGAAUUCCUCAAAGUUGGGUGAACAUCUGGAUGCGUUGCAUGCGCAGACGCAUCGUGUUCAGCUGGCCAAGUUGCAGAGCUAUUCCCAGGCGGCGUUGGAACGAGAUGAGUAUGAGACGGCGGUGGACAAGCUGCUUGAGUUUCGUGACAAUUACGAGGACUCACACUACCUGUAAGGCACAAACACAAAUACACACAUACACACGGACAACUUUUAGAUUGUGCAUUCCUAUGUUAUGUUAGCUUAACAGCUCUGCAAGUGCCUCUGUUAUUAGCCCACGCCAGUGCUGUAAACGGUGCUGUUAAAGGACUGCCUGUUAAUUGCUCGCAUUUGUAAAAAAACAAUAAAAAAGCAAUUGGGGAAAAUAAAACGAUUGAGAAAAUUAAUAUAAAAAGUUACAAA